CUGUAAAGAAUGACCGAUGCGUGGAUCGAGGGGCGGCAACGAUCAAUAUGCUCAAGGAGCACUCACCCUUCUCAACUCGCUUCACGCAUCGAUUCCGAAUUCUGUGGCUGAAGUGUUGGAUCAGAAAAGUGACUGCCGUCGACAUUUUCAACAGCAACGGCUCGGAAAGGCUCGCGUUGAUCGACCCGGAACCGUUACAUCCACAAGUCCUGCUCCAAAUCAUGUGGAUGCCUAUGUCCCCGCCGUUGGAUCCACUCGCGUACGAGUUCAUCGAGUCUCCGAAUCGUUCCCAGUCGUCGGCAAUCGUACGUUCUUCAAAUCGGGCAACGCCUUGCUUCUGUUGAAGUGGAUAAGACAAAUCAAUGGAGAGCAAACUAUACCUUAUCAACAUUCAAUCAAGAGGGUCUGUAGUUGUUGCUUUGGAAAAAAAGCCCAAUUUACGGUGCUAAGUGGAAACCCAACGGCCGAGAAUUCGCUAUUUGCUAUGGUUA